GAAUUAAAUAAUACAAUAAGAACUAAAAACGAGUUUUCCCAGACUAUAAACACACUGAACACACAAGUUAUACUCUCUCUAACAAUCACCCGCGUGCGCGCUCCUUCACUGGCAGCGCCGCCCCUCUCAUUUUAACGUACAAUUGAAAGGUGUGUUCUUUUCAAUCCAUCAAAUGGAGGAGAAAUCAUUUUUGGAUAGAAUGCUUGGUCAUCUACGAGAAACAUGCAAGUACUAUACUGGGUAUCCUAAAUAUCUUGGGCCAUCACGGGUUAUUCACUUUACGUCAGAGCGUGAGUUUGUCCAACUUCUUCACCAAGGCUACCCGGUGGUUGUUGCUUUUACCAUCAGAGGCAAUUACACCAAACACCUAGACCGUGUUCUUGAGGAAGCUGCUGCUGAGUUUUAUCCACAUGUAAAAGUUUUGCGUGUUGAAUGUCCAAAAUAUCCUGGUUUUUGUAUAACACGGCAGAGGAAGGAAUAUCCAUUCAUUGAAAUAUUUCAUAGCCCAGAACAAGUGUCACUUGGGAAAUUGGUACUAUCAGCAUGCUCUAUUGACAUUGCUAUUCAGAGCUGCUUAACAAUUAUAAUGGUUCUCCUGGUGCAGGCAGCUAACCAGGGAAGGGUUGCUGAUCCAAAUAUCACAAAAUACUCUGUGAAGGUUCUACCUCCAACUGCGCAGUUGGCCACAAAGACAAACAAGCAGCUACGACUAAGGCUUCAUUUGUUUUUGCAGCCAACUGUGCGGUUGGCCACAAAGAAAAACAGGCUCUAAAUCAGAAUUCAACUAUGACCAGAGUGCUUAUGGAUUCAGAGAAUUUUUCAAGCGCCAUGGCAUUCGAUCGUCACCAGAUCCAAAGUAAAAAGACUGUCAGAAAAGUACUUGGUAUGUAAUAUAUGGUUUAAUUAAGAACCAUCUCUUGUUAAAAAAAUAAAAUAAUAUGGCCGAUAAGCAUUAGUAGUUUAAGAUUA